GCUAGCUGUGACGUGACAUCAACAGGGAAGUUACAGGAAAGAUUUGUUUAACAUGCCUUCAUUUACUUCUUAGAGCAGUGAUGACAUUACACUAACAACACCAAAAAGUGAGUCACAUGUGUAAUUGAUGCAUGGGGUUAUCAGGAUCUAUAUAAGGGGUUUUAGCUCUGGUCUUGGGAGACAGAAAGUCAAACCCUUUCUGCUGCAGCAAGGCUCCUUAUCAAGAUGGGCACCCUGCAGUUCCUCCUGCUUUGUGUUGUUAUCUUCCUACCUGAGACUCUUGCUUUUCCAGCACAGCUGAGACCAGAAUCGUGGAGCAGCAUAGACCUUGAGAAAGUAAAGGGAUAUCUUGAUAAAUUCUUUCCAGUGUUUUCAAAAACACAAAACCUAAGCAUAGAAGAAAGGAUUAAAGAAAUGCAGAAGUUUUUCCACCUGACUGUAACUGGAAAAUUAGACACAGAAACAGAAGAAAUAAUGAAACUUCCCAGAUGUGGUUUGCCUGAUGUAUCAGAAUACCAAACAUUGCCUGGAACUCCAAAAUGGAAAAAGACAAAUUUAACUUACAGGAUUCUCAGUUAUACAUCUGAUAUACCCAGAAAGAACGUGGAUAAUGCAAUUAAAAGGGCUUUGAUGGUAUGGAGUGAUGUGACUCCACUGCACUUCCGAAGAGUCUACGGGACACAGGCAGACAUUGAGAUUAGAUUUGCACGUCGUGAGCAUGGUGAUGGAGCUCCUUUUGAUGGAAAAGGUGGCACGCUGGCCCAUGCGUUUGGUCCCGGAGAAGGGCUUGGUGGAGAUGCUCAUUUUGAUAAUGAUGAAAAAUGGUCAAAUGUCGAUAAAGAUAUCAAUUUGUUCCUCGUUGCUGCUCAUGAAUUUGGCCAUUCUUUGGGACUUGAUCAUUCAAAUGUCCGUGGAGCUCUGAUGUACCCUAUCUACUCAUAUCAGAACCCAGAAACCUUCAAACUUCCGGCAGAUGACAGACAAGGAAUUCAGAAAAAACAAAAACAGAAAGUGAAUGAACGGAAAAAGUCAACAAACAGUUGA